AUGGCUUCAGGGAAUGACAUCAGGAGUAUCGAAGAGCUGCCGGGGAAUUUCCACAGCUCAAACGAUCUGUACAACAAGAUCUGGGCGCUUGGUGUGAGGUCCGCCCAGCAGUCGUGCAUCGAAAGCGGUAGUGCUCCUUCGACAUGGGAGAUCACUGACGAUGGAGCCUUUAUCCGCGGCCAAGUUCCUGCACAAUCGUCCCUCGGAACGGGUUACGGUAACUACACGUUGACUUUCUCGACGAAGAUCGUCCGCGGCGGUACCGGCUGGCGAACUGUGGCAGCUCUUCAGGGCUAUGGACAGUACUUCGUCUUGACGAGCGAGUAUCCGGAAGGCACUUACCUGAAUACAAACCGGACCCUUUUGCCUCCAAACACUCUGAUCACAAAUUAUGGAUGGAGCAUUGUCAAUCAGACUACCCUGGAAACUGGACCAACGAUCUACUUCCCGUUGCCUUUUGACGUCAAGGAAGGGGAAUGGUACAAUAUCUCGACAACUAUCAACGCCACCGGAUACGCGGUUUCUGUAGACGGUAGCGAUCCAAUUUUCGUAUCCAACGAGUAUACCCCCAGUGGCACCCAGUCAACUUUCAUUUCCGGCGACAGGACGGCAGGUACAUGGGGGUUUGGUCCAUUCCAAGACCAAGAGGCUUACUUCACCAACGUGGUUGUCGAGGCCGAAAAUGGCACAGUCCUCUACGAGAAUGACUUGAAGGGCGACAUGGUUCUAGAAGAGUACGGAGUCGCCGCCAACACGCACAACGUCUGCCUCGACGGAGCGAAGAGAGACCGGCUGGUCUGGAUGGGCGACUACGCCCACACGCAGCGCAUCAUCGGCGCCAGCACGAACAGCUCCGAGUUCUCGACUGGCACGCUCGCGUACGCCCUAGAGUGGCAAGCGUCGUCCAACGACUCGAAGUACCCGGGCUUCUCGGGCAUGUCGGCCUCGAUGGGCGCCUCUCCCGCCUUCGGCACCGCCCGCGCCGGCUACGCCCUGAUCGACUACCAGUUCGGCUAUCUGAUCGCCUUCGCCGACUACUUCCACGCCACGGGCGACCUUCCUUUCCUAACGGCGCACUUCCCCCGCCUCAAAACCAUCGUUGCCUCCCUCAUCGCCAACCUCGUCGACCCGUCCACCCACCUCGUCUCCACCGGCUCCAUCCCUGGCAUAUUCUUCCUCGGCCCCGCCGCCAACGGCACCGCGCCCGCCGCCAUGUUCGCCUACGCCCUUGACCUGUCCGCCGGCCUCGCCACGGCCGCCGGCGACGACGACUCCGCAGCGGCUUGGUCCGCUGUCGCAAGCGACGUCGCGGCUGCCGUCAACGCGCUGCUCUGGAACGAGGAGACGGGCACGUAUGCGGUCUCCCUCGACGGCGGCUUCGCCAACUCGAGCAUCACCUCCACCGCCUUCCCCAUCCUCGCGGGUAUCGCGCCGCUGGACCGCGCUGAGGCGGCUAUAGCGGCGCUCGAAGGGCUGCGGUUGGGGAUAGGGUACAAGGCGUACUUGUCGGAUGACGCGCCGGCGAAUGAGACGGCGCUGUCGCCGAAUUUGAGCGGGUUCUUGCUCGAGGCGCUGUUGAAGGCGAGUAAUGAGGCGGCGUUCGCUGCGGCUGGGACUAAUACGACCAGCUCUGGUGCGAUCAAGACUGCUAUAUCGGUGUUGCUGGAUCAGCUCUGGCCGGCUAUGGUUACGGAUGAUGACUAUGCUACCGGGUCUAGUUGGGAGUACGUCUAUGGCGAUGGCCGCCCUGGGCUCGACACGUACACUAGCCAUGCUCACCCCUGGGGCGGCGCCCCGACGUACGUGCUGUCCGAAUAUGUGCUUGGCGUGCGUGCGGCGACGGCGGGAUUCAAGACGUGGGUGUUUGAGCCGAGUGUGGCUGUGUCGCGGGAUGUUGAUGUCGAAUGGGUGACGGGGAGGGUGCCGGUGCCGGGAGGCAAGGUGGAGGCGGGGUGGUGGAGGUUGGAGGACGGGGGUGUGAGGGUGAAGGUUUGUGGGGUGGACGGGACAACGGGGACGGUGAGGGUGCCGGGGAAGAGGGAGGUGGAAGUGAUUGGUGGAGAUUGUGUGGAUGAAGUGUUGUAA